UGUAUUGCAGCAUCUUGUAGAGGUAAUACUUUGAAUCAAGCAGUUUCAACAAUACCGCAACUUCUGAAGACAGUAGAAAAAGUGUUCACUCAAAGUCAUCAACCAAGUGUUAUUUCUGAAGCACUGACAGCUACGUUAAUAUUGAUACAACUUGGGCAAUCAGAUGUUGAAAUUGAUUCAAAACUUCGUUCAUUUUGGGACUGUGUUUUUGAUUCUAAGAGUCAGAUAUUUACUGCUACUAAAUUCCUUUCAAGCGUUACAGAAGUGGUGUUCCACCAGCUGCACCUGAUUCUUGAAAAGUUGAUGAGUCAUCCUGACGAGAAAAUCGGUGUUGAAAAUGCAAGCUGGUGGUUCUCUGGUCUGGUGUUCACCCUGACACAUCAGAAUUAUCAAACUCGCCAACAAGCGAAGAGUUGUUUUUCAAAACUGUGCUCCUUGGCGGAGGAUGGAGGAAUCAAGUUGCAAAUGAUUCUGCUUGAGAAAUUCAGAGAACUUUUAAAUAGUUCAGAGGUCACCUCAUCAAUGCUCAGGAAAACUGAAGUGGUCUCAGAUCAAAAAGUCGAAAAUGAAAACACAGUGAACUUCUCACCAAGAAUUCUUGCUUCAGUUCUUGAGAAUAUUGUCACCAUCCCACUUAAAGAUCGUGACGACAAGAAAUAUGCUCCGAGCGUUAUGAUCUGCGUUUUAGAAGACGCUCAUCAUCCACUUAUAGCUUCAUCCAACCCAACUCUGUGGAGAGAUUUGACUCUGCAACUCAAGUUGAAUAUUGAGGAAUUGAUCAAAAAUAAAGACGAAAUAUUGAAAAUGUUUGUGUCGAGCAAAAAUGUAAAGGUACUUCCAGCCCUCAUACGAACUUUACUUAUAGAGGCGGAGAGUAUUAUAUUUGAUGACGUGAUGGCUUACGUCAUAAAAACGUUGCGAAAUUCCAAGUUCGAAACUGUGACAGACGAGGAGUUUGGAAUUUUCAAUACACCAGAAGGUGUUCUAUACGAUCAGUCGAGGGUCAUGGAAAUAAAGGAAGGUGAACGAUUUCAGCAUCAUAAUAUGAAGCGAGAGUCGAAAGCGUAUUCCUACGAGGAACAGUUGGAGGAAUUGCAACUCAGGAAGGAAUUAAUGAAAAAGAAGAUAUCAAGUGAAAAUGUUGAAAUGACGAAGAAAGAACGUGAAGCGAUGAUGGCACAACUCGAGAAAGAAAAUGAAGUUAGGAAAAGAAUUGAAGAACUCGAUAUAGAAAUCAGUCAUGCUUGCCUGGUGGCUCAGACAGCUGUUUCUACGAAAGCUCCUUCGUUGAGACAACACAUCCCUAUCUUACUUCAAUCUAUUACGUCACUGUUUAAGUCCCCUUUGGCUGCACCACGUGUUCUGCACGUUUUUAUCACGCUUGGAGAUAUCGUGUUUCCAAAGAAAAUUCAUUAUUUAGGUGAAUGUAUAACAUGGCUGACAUUACAACUGCACCAAGCUCGUUGUCCAUUGCGUUUACGUUGGGAAGAAAAAUAUUUGGCUGCUGGGGUGGAGAGAAUGAUUAACGAUCUUUAUAACACAACUAUUUCGUCCGAAGAAAGCUUAAAAUCUGCCAGGCUGGGUGAUGAAAAGGAACUGUUAAUGUGUACGACGUUUUCCUUCUGCUUUCCAAUGAUUCGUUGUAUUCUAACAAACUCUGCCCUGAGUGUUGAUGUUAAAGAAAGAACAAUGGAAGUUUUAGCGCAACACUGUAGACUGCGCAUGCGUGAAGAGGAUAUUGAUGAACGAUAUAGUGAGACUGGUCCGAGCAACCUUCCUCGGGCGGAAAUGUUGAGAUUGCUUACAGAAAUUAUUCAACACCAUUCUGACUCCGUCACAACUUCUAAAAUACAACGCCUGGGUUGUGUCAGUAUGGUAGAGUUAUCGAAAUCUUCAAGUGGCGAGGAAGGCUGUACGAUUGCUUCAGAUGAAGAAAUCAAUGUUCUUCUCUCGUCACUUUAUUCCUCCGUCUCAUCUCUUCGCUAUGUUGCUAUACAAUGUCUUCAAGCUCUAAACUUAAUUUUACCGAACAUGGAACAAGAUUCUGUGGAGGUCCAUCCGGUGGUACAAAGAGUUUGGACGACAAGAUUUGACAGCGAUAGUGAAACAUCAAAAUUCGCAGACAGACUUUGGAACGAAAUGGGAUAUUUUGUCCAAGAGGGAUUAUGUCGCAAUCUGGCGCAGGAUGUUAUAUGUGAUGUGGAUGAUAUACAGGAGUCUGCUAGCCUUGCCUUGUGUGAGGCUGUAAAAGAACAUCCAAGUAUCACGGAUGAGAUCUUGGUGCAACUUAUUGAUGUUUACAAAGCCAAAUUAAAGCUUCCAGCCCUGAAGCGAGAUGAACUUGGAAGGAUCGUUGGAGACAAAUAUCCAGAUCGUUGGAAGGAAAGGCGCGGGAUUGCGAAGGCACUUCGUGACAUGGCUACUUUAUUCACAGAUGACGAGGUCGUUAAAUUAUUUACCUUUUUCGUCCCCACGGCCCUCGGGGAUUGCAAUGAACAUGUUCGAGGGGAAAUGUUAAAAGCUGCAUUGGCUGCCGUCAAUCAUUUGGGAAAGGACAAUACCUCAUCUCUGUUGGAAAUAUUUGAAGAGUUCUUUGAUAAAGCUCCAGAUUCCUCCUCACAUGACACUAUUCGCCAGUCCGUUAUCAUAUUGAUGGGAUGUUUAGCAAAACAUCUUGACAAAGAAGAUCCAAAGGUUCAUCCAAUAAUAGAUAAACUACUUAGCGCUCUGUCGACACCGUCUCAACAGGUUCAGGAGGCGGUCUCAAACUGUCUUCCUCCUCUUGUCCCAGCAAUCAAGGAAGAAGCACCCGAUAUUAUAAAAAAUCUUUUAACAAAAUUACUAGACUCAACAGUCUAUGGCGAGCGUCGUGGAGCGGCGUAUGGGCUAGCUUCUCUUGUGAAAGGCUUGGGGAUAUUGUCGUUAAAACAACAGAAUAUAAUGUCAACUUUGCAAGACGCUAUACAAGAUAAAAAGAACUACAGACACAGAGAAGGAGCUUUAUUUGCAUUUGAACUUCUCUGCCACAUCCUUGGACGAUUAUUUGAGCCAUACAUAGUUCAUGUCCUUCCUCAUCUUUUACUCUGUUUUGGCGAUGGAAAUCAAUUCGUCAGAGAUGCAACAGACGACACGGCCAGAGCUAUGAUGAGGAAUCUGAGUGCUCAUGGAGUUAAACUUGUUUUACCAUCGCUACUUAAAGCACUCACAGAAGAUGCCUGGAGAACAAAGACAGGGAGUGUUGAGCUGCUUGGUGCGAUGGCGUAUUGCGCCCCAAAGCAACUUUCCUCUUGUUUACCCAACAUUGUGCCAAGAUUGAUCGAAGUCUUGACAGACUCUCAUAUCAAAGUACAGAAAGCUGCAGCUCAAGCGCUCAAACACAUUGGUUCUGUCAUACGAAAUCCUGAAAUACAAGCCAUUUCCCCUGUUCUUCUGGAAGCUCUGAGUGACCCAACAUCGAAAACCACUGAAGCGCUUCAAGUUCUCUUAAUGACGUCAUUUGUUCAUGUGAUUGAUGCGCCGUCAUUAGCUAUAAUUAUGCCCAUCAUUCAUCGGGCUCUUGAGUCUAGAUCUACAGAGACGAAGAAAAUGGCGGCACAAAUCAUUGGUAAUAUGUACUCAUUGACUGAUCAGAAGGAUCUUAAUCCAUAUCUGUCUUCAGUAAUGCCAGGUCUUAAGCAAGCUUUAUUAGACCCAGUCCCUGAGGUUCGCGCUGUGUCAGCACGUGCUCUUGGGGCUCUUGUCAAAGAACUGGGAGAAGGAAAUUGUUCAGAUCUUCUGCCAUGGUUGAUGGAGACUUUGAUAUCUGAAACAAGUAGUGUUGAUCGCUCUGGUGCGGCACAAGGUUUGAGUGAGGUGUUGUGCGGUUUGGGUUUUGAACGUCUUUCACAGUUGAUGCCAGAUGUGAUCUCUGCAACAGAGAGGGCUGAUAUUGCAGCACAUAUCAAAGAAGGAUAUUUAAUGCUCUAUCUUUAUCUGCCGUCGACGUUUGGCACAGAAUUUACACCUUUUGUUGGAGAUAUCAUUCCUUCUAUACUCAAGGGACUUUCAGAUGAAUCAGAGUUCGUACGUGGUACUUCACUUAAGGCUGGUCAAAGGAUCGUCAGUCAGUAUGCAACGACAGCCAUUGAGGUAUUCUUACCUCAGUUAGAACAAGGAUUGUUUGAUGAUAAUUGGAGGAUACGUAUAUCUUCCAUCCAGUUAAUGGGAGAUUUGUUGUAUAAGAUAUCGGGUGUUUCAGGCAAGAUGACGACAGAAGGAGAGGAAGAUGAUAACUUUGGAACCUCCCAUUCAAAUCAGGCGAUCAUAGACUGUUUGGGAUAUGAGAGACGUAAUCGAGUGUUAUCAGGGCUGUACAUGGGUCGCUCUGAUGUCUCGUUACCAGUCCGUCAAGCUGCUCUUCAUGUGUGGAAAGUUGUCGUACCCAAUACACCCCGAGUCUUGAGAGAAAUCUUAUCAACUUUGUUUUCAUUACUACUGGGCUGUUUAGCCAGCACUAGUCUGGAUAAACGACAGAUCGCUGCUCGAACACUGGGAGAUCUUGUACGCAAGCUGGGAGAGAGGAUAUUGCCUGAAAUUAUACCGAUUUUAGAGCGAGGGUUGGAAAGCAAUGAAGCCGUUGAGCGACAAGGAGUUUGCAUUGGUCUGAGUGAGAUCAUUGGCUCAACAAGCAGAGAACAGGUUUUGUUGUAUGUGGAUUCGGUUAUCCCCACAGUUCGCAAUGCAUUGUGUGAUCCACUGGCAGAGGUCAGAAGCUGUGCUGCUCAAACGUUCAAUAAUCUGUACAAAACAAUCGGAGUCAAAGCGAUCAACGACAUUAUUCCUAUUCUUCUUGUGAAACUGAUUGAUCCUGAUCAACAUGAGAACACUUUGGAUGGACUUCGCCAGAUCAUGUCAGUUCGAAGUAAAGAGGUUCUACCGUUUAUCAUUCCUCAGCUUAUCGCCGCACCUGUGAAUACCCAAGCCUUGGCGUCCAUGUCGUCUGUUGCAGGAGACGCUUUAACUGAUCAUUUGUCUGACAUCCUUCCUGCUCUUUUACGAUCAAUCAGCCAUGUUUCAUCUCCUGAUCAACAGUCCCAGAAUUUGGAGAACUCUCGAACACUGAUAUUGGCAAUUCGAAAUGAUUCAGGAACUCAAAUUGUGUUGGAUGUUUUGAUGAAAUAUUGCAAAGAUGAAACAAUUUCGAUAAGAAAGGCUGCUCUAAAUCUGUUACAUUCAUAUUGUACGUCAACCAAGGCAGAUCUAUCGCAAUACACUCCUGCGUUGCUUCAUUCUAUCAUAUCACGAUUCAACGAUUCGGACCAUGAAGUUGUUGAGAUCAGUUGGAAUGCUUUAAACGCCGUAACAAAGAGACUUGGUCCACCGGAACAAAUACAACACAUUCCUCAUGUUCGUCGAGCUAUCAGAUAUAUAUCUGAUGAUCUAGAGGAUAAUUAUGAACUUCCUGGCUUUUGUCUUCCGAAGCCCAAGGGCAUUACCCCUUUACUGCCGAUAUUUCGGGAAGGAAUUCUCAAUGGGGCUCCUGAUGUUAAACAAGACGCGGCUGAAGGACUGGGUCAGGUUAUAAAACUGACAUCAGCAUUGGCCCUUAAACCUUCAGUCGUCAGUAUUACUGGACCGCUAAUACGCAUCUUAGGUGACCGUUUCAGCUGGAAUGUUAAAGUGGCUGUACUUCAGACCUUGGGAUUGCUUUUAGUCAAGGUAGGAAUUGUCUUAAAACCUUUCUUACCCCAGCUGCAAACAACUUUCAUAAAGGCGUUAAAUGAUCCAAACAAAAUAGUCCGUGAACAGUCGUCGACAGCUUUACAACAUUUAGUUAAACUGCAUUCCCGAGUUGAUCCUCUAUUUACUGAACUGCACAAUGGAAUAAAAAAUACAGAAGAUAAUCAAAUCAGAGAAACUAUAGAACAGGCAUUGCGUGGAAUUCUGUUCAGUGUUGGUAAUAAGAUGGGAGACAAUGUUCGGCAAAAUUUAACACAAACCUUGCUUUCGUUCCAAAGUCAUGCAGAGGAAACUAUUCGUAUUGCUUCUGCUGGGUGUCUUGGGGCUUUGGCAAGAAUUACUCCUGAUGACGAGUUAACCAGUUUGGUGAAAACUGAUAUUUUAGUGAGCGAUUCAACGGUUGAGUGGACAUUACGUCAUGGUCGAUGUCUAACAAUAUCUGCGUUGUUUUAUGAUUGCUGUGAAAGAUUGAUUUUUCUUAAUUUAUUCGAAACUUUACUUCAACUGACAAACACACUCUCUUCAAACGACCGGAUUCCCAUUUGUAAAACAGCAAUAAAAUGCUUGGGCUACGCAGCUGUCAACUGUGUAAAAGAAAGAGAUUUUCCUGAGGAGAUUAUUCCAUCAAUAACUAAGGGAAUACAACAUUCAUCUUUGGAUAUUCAAGUUUUGACUUGUGACGCCAUCUACUAUAUUUCCGAGAAGAUACAUGACAUACCAGUAUCAUUUCUUAAAUCUACCAUUUCUGGAUUACUUCCUUUAUCGAAAGAAAAAAACACAUCAUUGAAAUUUGCCGCAGAGAUGGCUCUUGUUUCCUUGUUGAAAUCUGGUAAUGAUCGGUUUCAGAAAUCUUUGACAAGUCUUGAUGCAUCAACAGCAAACAUCCUCAAUGAAUUUUACAAGAAAACAAUUCCUAGAAUAUUAGAACGCAACGAUGCUGUCAUCUGCGAGCUAGAUGAUCCCUUCUCAUCUGAACUGUGAUGAAGUUUUAACAUCAUUUAAAAGUGGUUUCCGCGAGCAGCGCACUCUUCAAAUGCUCCCCAAGAUAAUGCAAUUAAACUGGGCUGAAUAUGAUGUUGACUUUUAAUUUAACACGGGAAAAAAUUCCGCAAGAUUGUCCUUUUUUGAAACGUUAUUUUUACGUAACUACCUGAAACAUUUUAGACUAAAUCCAACGUGGCUCUAAUAAAAUCAUCAAGUCGCGUGAAAACAAGUCAAGAGAAUAAAAACAAUUGAAUUACCGCUGUGUCCUAAUUUCUCAAUCAAGCGAAUUAUUCAUUCACUUCUUGUAAAGUGAUACAUGUUUGCAAAAAAUUAAAUUUACGAUUGCAAUUAUUAUGCACAAAAAUGCAUUCAAAAUA